CUCUCUAAUAUUUUUGUUUGACUCUUCAUAGCCCAACGCUUUACUUAUCUCUAUAAAAAGACCAUACCAAAACCCAUGCAAAAAGUCACUUUGUCUCUCCAUUUCUUUUAUAAACCCUAAUUUCUUUCAAUCAAGAGAUCAAAACCCAUUUUGGAUCUUUUGCCUUUCUCUCUUUUUUAAGAACUUGAACGAUCAGAAAUGGAGAGUGAAAAUAUAGAAAUGGGUAAUUCUGGUAGUGGAGCUCAAGUGAAUUCGAGAUGGAAUCCAACAAAGGAACAAAUAAGCUUACUUGAAGGCUUAUAUAGGCAAGGUAUAAGAACACCAACUGCUGAUCAAAUACAGCAAAUAACAGCCAGACUAAAAGCUUUUGGUCAUAUAGAAGGCAAAAAUGUCUUUUACUGGUUUCAAAACCACAAAGCAAGACAAAGACAGAAACAGAAACAAGAAAUUAUGGGUUAUAAUAAUAUCAACCGUUAUCUUCAUAAGCCUCAUCAGCCCAUGUUUGCUUCUCCUUGCACAAAUGUCGUUUGUGGGUCAUAUUAUCUACCACAAAUCGAUUUAGGGUUUUGUCCACCAUAUUCGAAAGUGCUCCUCCCUGGCAGCUUCAAGAGGAAGCCAAGAACUGAAAAGAUUGAUCAGAAAGCAAGAACCUAUGCUUGCUGUGCAGGAUACGAACCUGUAAUGACUCAAGAAUACCACAACAAGAAUAUCAGUGGCAAUAACUAUGUCAACAAUCAAGAAACGUUGCCUUUGUUUCCUUUGCAACCAACAGGCGUUUUACAAGGAAAGGCUAUGAUUACUGCUUCUUCUUCUUCUUCAAGCUUUUCGGAGAUUAGUCCUGAUGGUGUUGAAGAAAAUACUGAUGGGAAAUUACCCUUCUUUGAUUUCUUUUCAGUAAAAGGAUCUUUAUAAUUUUAUUGAUUUUGAGCUCUUUUUUUGAUUUUAUGUAAUUCCGAAAUGAGACUUUUUAUCAGGCUGUGAUUGAAAAAUCUAA